AUGCGGGUAUCCACUAAAAACCUCUUAUCUCUUCUCAUCUUUCUCUUUCGUAUUCCUUCUUUUCUUUAUCAUUCUUGUUUCUCCUUCUCUCCUCUUUGUUAUUCUAUCGCUUAUCCACUUUCUUCUUCUUCUUCUUCUUCUUCUUCUUCUUCUUCUUCUUCUUCUUUUCUCUCUCAUCCCUUUCCCUUUUAUUUCUCAUUAUCUCUCGUAUCCAUUCUUCUCUUUCUCAUUCUCGUAUCUCCUUCUCUUCUCUUCUCUCCCAUUCUCUUUCUUAUCCACUUUUUCUCUUUCUAUCUCUCUCAUUCUCUCUUAUCUCUUUCCUAUCUGUUUCUCAUUAUCUCUCGUAUCCCCUCUUCUCGUUCUCAUUCUUGUAUCUCCUCUUCCUCUUAUUCCCUAUCUAUCUAUCUAUUCAUAUCUAUCUAUCUAUCUCCUCUUCUCUCUCUUUCUGUAUCUUAUCAUCUCUCUCUCUUUCUGAUUCUCUAUUAUCCCUUUCCCAUCUCUUUCUCAUUCUCUCUUGUCUCUCCUUUUCUCUUUCUUAUUCUCCUUUUCUUCUCGUUUUCCUCUCACUUUCUUAACUCCUCCCUUUCCUCUUUAACUUUCUCUUUCCCUCUUCCUCUUCCUACUCUUCCUUCACCCACUUGCUUUUCUAUUAAUUUUCCUCUCGCUUUCUCGCUUUCUUGCCUCCUCUCUAUUAUUAUCCUUCAUUUCUUCUUUUUUUCCUCCUGUUCCUCUGACUAG